AUGUCAGCAAGUGACGCGGAAACCAUUCGCAUUCUUAUCUCGACAGACAACCAUGUCGGGUAUAACGAGCGAGACCCUAUCCGUGGGGAUGAUAGUUGGAAGAGUUUCCAUGAGGUCAUGUGUCUGGCGAAAGAACGGGAUGUCGACAUGGUGCUGCUGGCGGGGGACCUGUUCCAUGAGAAUAAGCCGUCGCGCAAAUCAUUGUACCAGGUGAUGCGAUCAAUUCGCAUGAACUGUUUCGGGGACAAGCCCUGUGAGCUGGAGAUGCUCAGCGAUGCCAGUGAGAGCUUUCAGGGCGCUUUCAACCACGUCAACUAUGAGGACCUAGAUAUGAAUGUGGCUAUUCCGAUUUUCUCGAUUCAUGGCAACCACGAUGAUCCCUCCGGUGAAGGUCAUCUGGCUGCACUGGAUUUGCUGCAAGUCUCGGGGCUCCUCAACUACUACGGGCGAACUCCCGAGUCCGAUAACAUCGAGAUCAAGCCGGUUCUGUUACAGAAAGGGCGCACCAAGCUCGCGCUAUACGGGAUGAGCAAUGUGCGCGAUGAGCGGCUAUUCCGCACCUUUCGCGAUGGCAAGGUCAAAUUCUUCCAACCAUCCGUUCAAAAGAGUGAUUGGUUCAAUCUGAUGUCGGUGCAUCAGAAUCAUCAUGCCUAUACGGAGACUGGCUAUCUGCCAGAGAAUUUCCUCCCGGAGUUUCUCGAUCUAGUGAUUUGGGGCCACGAGCAUGAGUGUUUGAUUAACCCACGGUUGAAUCCUGAGACCAAAUUCCACGUUAUGCAACCGGGGUCGUCUGUCGCGACUUCACUAGUACCCGGUGAGGCUGUACCAAAAGAGGUUGCAAUUCUUAACGUGACAGGCCGAGAAUUUAAGUGCGAACCUAUCCGGUUGAAAAGCGUGCGCCCCUUCGUGAUGCGCGAGAUUGUACUUUCCGAGGAGAAGGGAGCUCAGAAACUGGCUCGAAAGGAAAACAACCGGACCGAAGUUACGCGGUUUCUGAUGUCAAUCGUCGAGGAACUGAUCGAGGAAGCCAACGCAGAAUGGCGAGACAUGCACGAUGAUGGCGAUGAUGAAGACGAUGAAGAGCCCCGCGAAAUCCCGCUUCCUCUCGUGCGCCUCCGCGUCGAAAUAUCCACGCCAGAGGGCGGGAGCUAUGAUUGUGAGAACCCUCAGCGAUUUUCCAAUCGCUUUGUGGGAAAGGUUGCCAAUGUGAAUGAUGUGGUACAGUUUCAUCGCAAAAAGAGGAACGCAUCUUCACGGAAGGUUGACGCCACUGUCGAUGAAGCUGCCGUCUCUCAUUUGGCAACUCUGGACACGGUGAAAGUAGAGCAGCUGGUGCGCGAGUUCCUCUCGGCUCAAUCGCUCAGUAUCCUGCCACAGAAUUCUUUUGGGGAUGCCGUAGCACAGUUCAUCGAUAAGGACGACAAGCACGCCAUGGAAAUGUUCGUCAACGAAUCUCUCGAAGGCCAAGUCAAGCAUCUGAUGGCGUUAGAUCGUGAUGGGGACGAAAUGGAUGUUGAGGAAAGAGAACAGAGUUCGCUGGUGACUGCCAUGGAGAAGUACCGCUCCCAAAUGGAAGACAUGUUCUCCAAGGGCGUCAAGAAACGGACGACCCGCGGCAAGAAGCGGUUCAAGCCCAAGCCGGACGGUUGGGAUACCGAGUUUGACGGCAUGUGGGAAGACCAGCCAGGCGCCCUCAUCCAUUCGGAUAAUGAGGGUGGCGAUCCCGCUGAGGAGGAAGCCGGCGAAGAUGGAACAGCGCCAGCGCGUACCGCAGUUGCCUCAACUCGCGGUCGUGGCAGGGGUCGAGGAGGUCGGGGUGCGGCAGCUAGCGCUCGAAGCACCACAACGAAGGCAGCGCCGACUGCCAGCAAAGGACGCAAGAAAAGGGUAGAAUCAGACGAUGAGCCUGCAGAUGACGAUGUAAUCAUGCUGGAUGAAGAUGAAGAUGACAAUGGUGCAAACGUCGUUUCUGAUGACGAUGAUGAUUCUCGGGCUUUGUUCGUCAAGCAACCUCGCUCAGCCGCGGCCUCAAGUACGCGGAAAGCUGCCCCUGCAGCGGCAUCAGCUACCCAACGCCGUGGAGGCCGGACUGCGGCCUCACCAGCCCCGUCGUCAACCACUGUGGGCGGGACUGGAACCCGUCGGACAGCUGCUCGGACCGCCAGGCCGACGCAGACAACUCUUGAUUUCUCCGCCUCACAGGCUAGUGCGCCUCGCUCCUCGCGGCCAAGUCGUGCGACCCGCAACGUCAGCGUCAUCAGCGACGAUAUUGACGGCGAUGAAGAUGAUGCCUUUGAGCCGAUGCCGAGUUCCAAUGCCAGACGACGGAGGUGA